AUGGUGCUCAAUUUUUCAAGAUGUCGUCGUUGGAACAGAGACUCUCGCGAAUCGAGGAGAAACUAAAGCAGGAAAAUGAAGAAGCUCGCCGGAGAAUCGACCUCAACAUCGACAUGAGUCCGCAGCGAUCACGUCCCAGGCCAAUCAUCGUGAUCCAACUCAGUCCUGCUCCAGCCCCUUCCCAGCGUGCAGCGCUCCAGCUGCCCCUGGCCAACGAUGGAGGCAGCCGCUCUUCGUCUUCAGAGAGCUCGCCUCAGCACCAUCCCUACCCCAGCCGCCCUCGACACAUGCUCACCCUGCCCACACCUCCAUAUGGCCUACAGAAGAGCUUAGAGAAUGCAGAGAUUGAUCAGAAAUUGCAAGAGAUCAUGAAACAGACGGGUUAUCUGAAGAUCGACGGUCAGCGGUAUCCAGCUGAGGUUACAGACCUGAUCAGUGAGGGGGAGAUCGGCAGCGGCACCUGUGGACAGGUAUUCAAAGUGCGCUUCAAGAAGACAUGCCACGUCAUCGCUGUCAAACAAAUGCGCAGAACAGGAAACAAAGAUGAGAACAAGAGAAUCCUUAUGGACCUGGACGUGGUGCUGAAGAGUCACGACUGCCCAUACAUUAUCCAGUGUUACGGCGCCAUAGUUACCAACACGGAUGUAUUCAUUGCCAUGGAGCUGAUGGGAACAUGUGCUGAGAAGCUAAAGAAGAGAAUUCAGGGCCCCAUUCCAGAGAGAAUCCUAGGAAAAAUGACAGUGGCAAUAGUAAAGGCGUUGUUGUACCUAAAAGAGAAACAUGGUGUCAUCCACCGGGACGUCAAACCUUCCAACAUCCUCCUGGACGCUAAAGGUCAGAUUAAACUCUGUGACUUUGGCAUCAGCGGACGCCUCGUUGACUCCAAGGCAAAGACCCGCAGCGCUGGCUGUGCUGCCUACAUGGCGCCAGAGAGAAUAGACCCUCCAGACCCCACUAAACCUGACUAUGACAUCCGAGCAGACGUGUGGAGCCUCGGCAUCUCUCUGGUGGAGCUGGCCACAGGACAGUUUCCCUACAAAAACUGUAAGACAGACUUUGAGGUCCUGACCAAAGUACUGCAGGAAGAUCCUCCGCUGCUGCCUCUCAGCAUGGGCUUCUCCCUCGACUUCCAGUCCUUCGUCAAAGACUGCCUCACAAAGGAUCACAGAAAAAGGCCAAAAUACCACCAGCUUCUCGAGCAUAGUUUCAUCCGGCGUUACGAGGUGCUGGACGUGGACGUGGCCGGUUGGUUCCAGGCUGUGAUGGAUCGCACCGAGUCGCCUCGCAGCAGCCAGUGUUACAGCCACCAGCACCAGCUCCACUCACUCUUCAGUAGGUAGCCUAGCAUCGCCCAGCCCAGCCUGGCUUAGCUUAGCCGUACGCUAGUCUAGCCUAGCUUUAGCCUUGCCAAGCCCAGACUUAGCUAUGUCUGUCCUAGUCUAGCCCAGCGUUAGCAGCUAAGCCUACCGUUAGACCCAGCCCACAUGUCCAUCUGUCCACCGGAGAACCUUAGGAGCCCACAGAGGAGGGAGAGGCGGAGACUCAAUGGAGGACUCCGACUGCACAGAUGGAGUAACGGACUGAUGGAUGGAUGGAUGACAUAGGUGGUUCUGUUGAGAGGUGUGUUGAAUCUGGACAGGCAGACAUGGGAUGGAAGCAACAGAGGAAUAUGUGCACUGUUGUUAGCCUCACUCAUUCACACCCUUGUAUGUUUCGUCACACUUUCAGAUCGUCUAUGUCUUGUUUCUACAUUUCCACCACUUAUCAUGAAUCUUUCAGCUACAUGUCUGUGUGCAGCAUUGAUCCAAGCCGCUGGAUUGGUCAAACAGAGUAGUCACUACACACUGGAACAAAUCAUCUACUACAUUAGCAAACAUGGAUCUCACUUGUACAUAAAUGUUAUGAAAAGACACAAAAUGUCCUGUGCAAUUAUGAUUCUAUGAUUCAGGUGUUUCUACUAUCACACAUUCUCAGGCUGUAUCAUGGUGUGUGUGUGUGUGUGUGUGUCUGUCUGUCUGUCUGUCUGUCUGUCUGUCUGUGUGAGUGUGUACAAGUCAAGACACAGUCACUGAUUUGUUUAAUUUAUUUCUAAGCAGGAAUAUGUUUUUUGUUUGUUGGUUAUUCACCUUCACACUACGGCUCUAACACACACAAGAAUGGUUUAAUCUGCCGACUGUGCUUCAUUUUUAUCUUUAAAGAUUAUAACUCAUUAAUUUGCUUAUGAAUUGUGUUUAGAAUAUCCAUUAUUUUAUUCAGAAGCUGCAUAAUUGGAAAAACUGAAUGAAAAUGAUUUACAAAAAAAUUAGUUUAGUAGAAAGACAUUGAUGUUGUAUGUUUUUUUUUUUUUGGUCAGAGUGACUUACUGCAGAAUGUUGUAAGUGAUGGAGGCUAUUCUGAUUAGGAAAAAGUAAUGGGAGUGAAAGGCAAAGAAAGUAAAAGAAAGCCGACCAGGGCGGUUGUACUCGUGUGGUGGAAUAGUUGGACGAUUUGACAGAAUGUUUGGAAGCAAAAAUGGGAGCAUUGUGUUAUCUUUCAUGGAGAAGACAAAGAACGGAAACUUGUACAAAGAACUGAAAUGGAUUAGAUCCUUUUACCUGUGGAGCAUUUCUUUACUUCACACUCUUUGUCUACCUCUUCUCUGGUCCACCUCUCAGUCUGUGUCAUGUAUGGCUCCACUGGUACAGACCAAAGGCAGUAUGUAGUUCAUUGUCAGUGGAGGCUGAGAUUUAGAUCUGCUCCGUUAAGACAUUAAGAAAACACAAAGAUGUCCCGACUAUGUUUUUAGGACCUGGAUCAGGGGUCUCACAACUGCAAAUAAGUCACUUGUUCCAUCCUUUGCAUAAUUGGCUUUUUUCUUCAGAAUUUAGCACCUGCAGCAGAAUUUGGUAAACACAACAGUGGUCCUGGUUUUCGAUAGAACAGGGGUAGUUUAAUAUGUCCUGUCUUGUAAGAAAGCCAUUAUCAGUUAGCUAAAUGUGUGAAACAGCAUUCAAAACCUGUCAAGUUCAAGGUGUGAUUCUCUAUUGAGACUUAACACCCUGUUCCCACGUCUGGAUGAAUUUGAGACCCCUGAUCUUUAAGUUCAACAAAAUGACCUUGAGUGUGUCUUUAUGAUCCCAACAAACUGUGGUGGGUGUGUCAAACAGCUUUGUGCAGAUGUAGUGUAGGAGACUGGUAGCACUGCCCCCCCUCUUGCAGGGUCACAGCCAAAGCCUGCUAGAUGUACAGACUCAAACCUCCCACACUCCAUCACGCACCAAACCAAAUCACCGCUAGACACAGAGACCUGAGGAGUGGCGAGCCAAGAAAGGGGGAAAAUGUUAAGUGUCAAGAGUGUGGGCGACCAAGGUAUGUUGUAAAGAUGGAAGAAAAGAUGAGUGGAAAUGACAUGAAAAAGAGUGGAGAGGACUGUGUGAGGCGAGAAAGAAGUUGAGCAGAAAUGAGAAAGUAGGAUGGGAAGAUUCAGAAAAGUCAAACAGACUGGAGUUAGUGUGGACAAAAGGAAGUUCAUGUGUGAGGAAAAGGGAAGGUUUCACAGGACUGCCAUGCUUUGAGGAGAAGUGGUUCUUGUAAAAAGCUUUCAUGGUGUUUUACCGACCUAUCAGUUCUGAUUUUAGCAAGUGAAUUAGCGUUUGUGUUGAUGUUAAUUGUUCUGUUCAAACUAUGUUAUUUAUUUACAUUGCCACUGCUGCUACUUUAUAUUGCUUUAGACGCUGCUGUCACUUCUUUUCCCCAAAGGACAAAUAUUUUAUUUUAUUUUUUUUCCUUUUAAGCCAAAUAACUGAAAUAAUGCAAUGUCUACACGUGUUACCAAAUACAUAAGUCUGAAGGCAAAAGCAAGUGAGGGAUGUGAAGAUGGAAUAGAAGAGAAAGUGCAGGGAGGUGAAGAACACACAAAAUGUACUAACUCACAAAUUAUAAACACACCUCACCUCAAAUGUGUUUUAUGUGUAAUGGAAGUAGUUAAUCACUUGUAUCACAUUAUCACACUACAACUCUGUACAGUGUAGAUAAGAUCACAGCGGAUGUCUGUCUGUCCAGAUGCUUUUUUGUCACAUCCAUCCUUUGCUCUGUCCAUCCAUCCCUCCAUGUGUCCAGGUCACCUGCAAGCUUGACAACCUUGACAGUUCACACCAAAGGUGUCCACGACUCGACAGAAAUACGAAAGAGCAUUGUUGUUAUUGUUAUGACUGUUGUUAUUGACUUUAUAAUUGAUUACUCUCAGCUACGAUAUAUAUGAAAUCUCUCUAUAGCUAGUAGGAGAGGGGUGUAGGGGGGGCGCUGUAGUGUUGCAGUGCCUGUGUGUGUGUGUCAUAUACUGUACAGAGGGAGACUGGUGCACUAACACACAGCCACAGCUAAGCAAUAAACGGAGCCGGUCUGUCCUGCUCAGUCAAACUAACCAAGAACCCGUGUCACAAAGCAAGUUGAGUUAAAGGAAAGAUUCCCUAGUGUUGAACAGAGCCUGCAGUGGCAAACAUUUGAAUACAGAAAUCCAUACUAAAGAGCCAGUGUUGGCCACUGGAACCAUUCCCUCUGAGGAUAUGACAGGCUCAAAUUAAGCUCAAUAAACAAACAGGUUUGUAGUUACACAUGAUUAUACACUAAGGAAAACACAAUUAGGAAUUCUACAAUACACUACUACUGAAAGAUCGCCUUAAAUCUUAUACUGCAGUCCUGUAAAGUGUAUCUGUUAUUGGUUAAUAUGGAUUGUCUUCUUUCAUAGAUGUUUAUCACAUGAGACGUGAAGUAAAAACAAGUAGUCAGCACAUCGACAUAAUCAGAGCCACGAGUAAAGUACAUAAGAUGACAUUGAACAAAAAUGCAUACAGGGUUUACCAGGUUAAUGCAACUCCGGAAAGUGACCAUACACCAUUUAACAAGCAUAAAAUGGAAGUGAUAAUGAUGUAAUAGUCAGGUCUUCUCAAAGGGCAGGUUUUCAUUCAUCCAUUUUCCAAACCUUUAAUCCCUUGGAGGGGUAUGGGCUGUAGGUGGGCUACACCCUGGAUGUGUUGUCAGUUCACCGCACAACCAGUUUCCACUGAUGUAGUUUGAAAUAAGCUCCAAAAACAAUUAAUCCUUCACAUCCCACAAUGCAUCUUUCCUCAGACCUCUUGAGCUCUUAAUGCCUUUUUCUCCCUCUACAUCUCCCUCUACAUGUUGUGGUAAAUCUUAGUGAUAAUCCUGGUAAUGUCGCCAGUGUAAGACUUACAAAUGGUUGUAAACAUACUUUGAAUCUGAUUCUUAAAUUUAAUCUUCUUCACUUCAGGUAGCUACGAUCUGGUCCAGCUGAAAGGGAGGACACUUCAUUAUACUUUAAUAUCGAGCCCAAAUAGGGAUGAGAUGUUUUUGUGACACGGGCCCCUGAGUAGAUGCGAUGGCGAGCCGCCCCGCUCCGUUAGCUCAGCCUUUGUCAGAUUUUAAUCUUGAGCUGGAGUUUAAAUUGAAGCCACGGUUUAUCACAUCAAAUUCCCACCGUUGUUUGUCACCUGGGGUCUGACCCCACUGCUCAGCCUCCUCUUGUAGAUAUAAACCCUGAUCUGGUGCUUUAGCAUCCGUCAGCUGUACUGAUCCACCAGCACAGCCUGAGGUGGUGCAGAAAUGGUGCAGAAAAAAACAAAUCAGCGAAUGAAACCCACCUCUCACUACUAUGUGCACUGUCAAACUUUGGCUCUGUGUGUAUGUCUCAGCUCAAAGCACGAAGCUAGACCCAGUCUCCCACUGUCAAACUUUUAUGUAUUAAGCUGUUGUAUGUUUUUUUGGGUUUUUUUUGUCUUUUUUAACAAACACACGCACACAUUCGCUCUGUUGAUAUUGUGUGCAUUUCCAAACACCUGAUUGGGUGACGGUGCCACACUUCACCUCUGUGAAACAAACCUGAUCAGGUCUAGGUGUGUAUCCGAUUGAAACAAAAUGUCUGUCGGCGUGUGUGUGUGCAUGUUGAGGAAACAAACAUCCAAUCACUAAACUACACACACACACCAAAUGUAUAAAGUCAUCCCAUCCAACACAACAAUGCUGGCUACUGCCAACAGCGGCUUUAUCUGUAUAUUAGCUUGUCCGGUGCAAGGCCAGACCAGCAGUGUGUAAAAACAGAAUAAAGCUAGUUCUUAGUGUGUACCUGCGCUGCGUCUCGGCAACCGAGAGGAGGCGUGUGUGUGCGUGUGUGUAUUGUAACCCCAUCUGUAAGUAAACCAAAUAUCAUUUUCACUAUGCAGUCAUUCAAUCCAUGUCAGCUUGCUUUGACGGGGAGAGAAAAGACUUCUGUACAUACACAGACAUACGUGCGAACUGGACUUAGCAACAGUAUGAGAGGAUUAUUUUUGGGGUGUUUUUUUUUUUUUUGUUUGUUUUUUAUUUUCCGAGCCCCCUCCCUGUGUGAUUAACAUCACCGCCUUCAGCUAGUUCACCCUAACAACGAGAGAAAAAAA